AUGAAAAUUUUUGUGCUUUUAUUAAUAGCAUUAGCUAUAAGAGACAAAUUUGAUUAAUUCAAAACAUUUGAUGAAGAUGAGUUUGGUAGAUAAUUGAUUGAUACAUUAUAUAUGCAAAUGAGUACAGGUGAACCUAUUGCACAUUUUAUUGAAAUUAUUAGAAGCUAUGAAACCUCAAUUGAGAAUGAAUAAAAAGAAGAUGACAAAGCUAAUAAUGAAUAUUAAAAUUAAUGCACAGAGGACAUCAAAAUAUUAUAAUAAGAAGUGCUAAUUUAGAGAGAAGAUCAGUUGAAAUUCAAUCAAUUUUGAAUGGAUUAGAAACAUUAAGAUCAUGCAAAUAAGGAUAAGCUGAUGCUAAGAAUGCAUGGAAAGUAGAAACAGAAAAGAAAUUAGCUGAUUUAGUAAAGAAGAGAGAAACUGAAAAAGCUGAAUUCGAUAAAAAAGUUGAAGAACAUGAUUAUGCAACAUUUGUCAUUGAAAUAGUUAGAAGAAUGUUUUCUGAUAAAGGUUAAAGUUUCUUAUAAUUGAAUAAUGAAUCAAAAUGGUAAUAAGUUAGAGAUUACUUUAUUAAUGCUUCUAAAUAAGCAAGGUAUAUUGUCUAUUAAAAAAAUUAAAGAAAUUUGAAAUCAAGAAGAGUUAUUUGAAAAUGUUUAAUGUUUUAGCUGAAAUUACAAGUGCUGCUUAAUGUGAAGAUUUCUAAAAUUCACCCACUGUAAACAGAAUUGUCAAUCUCUGCGAUCCGCAGGUUGAAUUAAAUUGAAGAUAGCAAAGCUUUGGAAACUAAGGCUCAACAAAAAAAGAUUG